AUGAGAGCUAGCAAUGUCGUUACAGUUCUCAUUCUUGCUAUGUUUCUUGUCAAUGGCGUCAACUCUGAAGACCCUUAUAGAUUCCUCACUUGGAAGAUCACGUACGGCGACAUUUACCCUCUGGGUGUGAAGCAACGGGGGAUCUUGAUUAAUGGCCAAUUCCCUGGGCCUCAACUAGAUGCGGUCACAAAUGAUAACUUGGUGAUCCGCGUCUACAACUACCUCCCAGAACCAUUCCUCAUUUCAUGGAAUGGGUUGCAGCACAGGAGGAAAUCUUGGCAGGAUGGUGUUUCUGGAACGAACUGUCCAAUCCCACCAGGGAAGAACUUCACAUACAUUAUGAGAACUAAAGAUCAGAUAGGAAGCUUCUUCUACUUCCCUUCUCUGCAAAUGCAUAAAGCUGCCGGAGGAUUCGGAAGCAUCAGAAUCUGGAGCCGUCCUAGGAUUCCUGUCCCAUUCCCUCCUCCUUCGGGCGACUUCACCAUACUCGCUGGAGAUUGGUUCAAGAGAGACCACCAUAGACUGAGAAGAAUGCUAGCGAAUGGCCAUCACCUUCCCUUCCCAGAUGGUCUGCUCAUUAACGGACGCGGGUGGAAUGAAAUCACAUUCACUGUUGAGCAAGGGAAGACAUACAGAUUCAGGAUAUCAAAUGUGGGGUUGACGACGUCCAUAAACCUGAGAAUCCAAGGGCACAAUAUGAAACUCGUGGAGGUCGAAGGGACUCAUACAAUUCAGCAGACGUAUUCUUCACUUGACAUCCAUUUAGGGCAGUCCUACUCAGUUCUGGUGACGGCUGACCAACCUGCCCGGGACUAUUACAUAGCCGUGUCUACCAGAUUUACCAGGAGGGUGCUAAAAAAUACAGCCAUUCUUCACUAUAGCAAUUCACAUACUAAAGCAUCUGGUCCUUUUCCUCCAGGACCAACCCUGGAUAUUGCUUCUUCUCUCUCUCAGGCCAGAACUAUCAGGCAAAACCUGACGGCAAGUGGGCCGAGACCAAACCCCCAGGGUUCAUACCACUAUGGACUGAUCAAACCGUCUCGAACCAUCGUCUUCGCAAGCUCUGCUCCUCACAUCAACGGCAAGCAAAGGUAUGCCGUCAACGGCGUCUCAUACGUUGAACCAGACACCCCUCUCAAGCUGGCCGACUACUUCAACAUCCCCGGCGUCUUCUCCGUCGGAAGCAUCCCCUCCUACCCAACCGGCGGCGGGAACGCCUACCUUCAAACUUCAGUUUUGGGCGCGAACUACCAUGAGUUCGCAGAGAUCGUGUUCCAGAACUGGGAAAACUCCGUUCAGUCAUGGCACAUCGAUGGCUAUUCCUUCUUCGUCGUAGGGUUCGGUAGUGGACAGUGGACAGCUGCGAUUAGAGCGGGUUACAAUCUGAGAGACGCUGUUGCGAGAUGCACCACUCAGGUGUACCCGAGGUCAUGGACAGCGAUCUACGUGGCACUGGACAACGUGGGAAUGUGGAACAUAAGAUCAGAGAAUUGGGGGAGGCAGUACCUGGGACAACAAUUGUAUCUGAGAGUGUACACAUCGUCUAAGUCAUGGAGGGACGAAUAUCCCAUCCCAAAGAACGCACUUCUCUGUGGCAGGGCAAGAGGUCGACGCACUAGGCCUUUACUUUGA